GCGGUCCCUGCCCCCCUCAGCCCGCCGCCAUCUUGCACGGUUCAGCUGAUCGCAGACCCGCUCCAGACUCCACCAUGGCGGCCCGCAGGAUCGCCGCGUCCUCCGUCGACUGGGCGGCCAUAGCCAGCCGCGUCCCCGAGGGGCAGAAGGCGCUGUUCAACGCCUUCAAGGGCAAGUCCGACGGCUACCUGAGGAGGGUACUCACCUUACCUGCUGAGCUCCCCAAGAUCAAUUUCGCAGCAUACAAAUCUCGCAUUGCUGUGCCUGGAAUGGUCGAUGCAUUUGAGAAGCAAUACAGUGCUCUCCAGAUCCCUUAUCCACCUGACACACACUCCUCCCAGGUUGAUGAGAUGCAGAAGCAAGCGGCUGUUGAGACUGAAACCUUCGUCAAAGAGAGCGAAGCCCGAAUUGCUAUGCUUCAAGCUGAGCUGGCUGACUGGGAGAAGAUGAUUCCCUAUGAGCAAAUGACUAUGGAAGAGAUGGUGGAGACAUUCCCUGAUAAGACUGUGAAUGUUGAGAACCCCACCCUGUGGCCCCAUGAACCAGAAGACCAGCCCGGGUAUGUGGCCAAGGAGGGGGCUGAGGCCUAGUGGCUGGGAAUGGCAAUUUCCCUUGCCCUCUGCUCUUGAAAACCUUUUUGACCAUGUAAAUACACAAUGUAAUACUUCUUAUAAACUAAUAAACUGAACAUAAGGAAUAA